AUGCUGCGAGACACGGGCGGCGAGAUCGCGCUGCUGCGCGCCAUCUCGACGUACCGCCCGCUGGGGCUGCACCGGCACUUUAAUAUGAUUUCCAUCAUACAUAAUCUGCAGAAUGCGCCCGCAGAAGACGACGCGCCAAAGGGCGCGCUGAGCGCAGCCGAUGUCUGGGCGAAGCUCGGCGAAUUCUACGACCUCGAAGGGCUGAACGAGCUCGACGAUGGGAGCGAUGACGAGGAUGCGCCAGAGUGGCUGCGCAACUACGAGGAGCAUGCGACGAUGCUCGCCAAGAACGAGGCCGCACGGACGCGGGUCCUAGAGAAUGACGACGAGGAAGAGUUCGGCCUACACCCGUCCGACGCCUUUGAGGCGAUCGUUGCACCACGGCGCUUGGAAAAGGGCGAGAGCGCGAAAAAGGUCGUGCCGCCAAGCGACGAUGACGACCUCUCCGAGAUGGACUCGGAGGGCGACCAUACCAACGAAGGCGCCCGCACACGGACACGCGCGGAUGCCCGGCGCACACGGAAACAGGCCGACGAAGAGUCGCAAGAGACGCCGGCGUCGCCGGACGGCGGCCACCGCUCCAAGCGGCGGCGCACCCAAAACGAAGAUACACCGGAAGCCCCUGCACGGCCCAUCACACGGCGGCAGCGCCAGCUCGAGGACGAGGCGCAGGACGAGGCGGCGCCCGACGAGGCGCACGAGUCCGACACGCCGGUCGCAGGCAGCACACGCAGCGGGCGUGCGACGCCGAUGCGCCGCGCCGCCUCGAGCGCCGCACCGACGCCGGAGCCGCACCGCGUGGCGCAGACACGCGCCGCGAACAAGAACGCGGCUAACGAGCGGCGCGCGGCGCGCGCCGUAUCGCACCACGGCACUGGCGUGGUGCGCGAGAGCGAGCGGCCGCGCAGCGUCUCGGUCCAAGGAGGCGGGGGACGCGACCCCCUCGAGCUCGACGGGCGCCUGUCGUUCCGCAGCUAUGUACAAUACAUGCAGGACCAAGGCCUCGCCAAGGACCUCGAUACGGACGAGGCAUGGCACGAAGCGUACAAGGUGUACAAGGCCGAGCACAAGCGCAGGCAGCUCUGGGCGUUUUUCCUCGAACACAAGGACCAGGCAUGGUUCCGCGAAAAGUACGCGCCGGACGAAGACCAGGCGCGUCUGCGGCACGCGCGCCGGCGCGCAGGGUGCGCAGGCCCCGCGGCGUGGGUGCGCGAGCUCGAGGACGGGGCGCUGGACCGCGUGUCGAUGGACCUCGGCGAAGAGCGCACGGGCGGCGUCCUGUACACGGUAACGAACCGCGCCGGAAACAAAGAGCACUUUGAUACCGAGGCGCUGCCGAUUCCCCCGGACACGGAGCACUCGCUGCUUGUGCGUGCGUGGCCGCCGGAGCUGCCACGCAGCGACCUUGAAGCGCACCUGCAGACGUACCCCGGAUUCCGGUACGCCGCGCUGCUCGAGCCGAUCGUGCAGCGCAACUGGCAGCGUGCCGGCAUUGCGGUGUUUGAGGAGGAUGUCGACGUCCGUGCCGCCGUUGCGGCGCUGGAUGGGCACCGCUUUGGCGAGUUUGCGCUGCACCUCGCCGUCGUCGACCGCCCGUCAAGCAGCCGACUGCGUAUCGCGCCUGGGUCGACCAAUGCGCCAGAGCGGCUCGCCCACGACCUGGCACAGGCGCGGCGCCUCGUGCACAAGCUUCAAAGCGAGAUUGGCGACAUAAGCGAGGCCAAAGAGGCGCUUGCGGCGAUCGAGCGCCGUGUCGCGCACCUCGGCCUCGACGCGAGCGCGCGUCCGGAGGCGGCGUGCAAAAAAGAGCUGGAUCUCGUGCUGGACUUGCUGCGGACCGUCUACCACUGCGACUACUACCUCGGCCUGCACUGCGACUUUGCCGAGGAGCUCGUGCGCCGCAGUGCGUAUCAUGUGCGCCGCCAGGAAGCGAGCGACGAGGAGCAGAACGACGCGUCGUGGAUGGACCACCUCGACAAGAAGAUUGCCCUGCUCCUCGACCCCGCGGCCACCGCCGAGCUCGGGGCGAUCGACAAGGAUGCGGAAACGAAUCGCGUCGUCGACCUGUACAGUGCCCAGGUCGAGGCGGGCAAGUUUCAGUGCCGCGUGCUGAGCCCCAACGGGAUCUGUGCCAAGCUCUUCAAGACGCGCGAGCACCUCGCGAAGCACAUCCAUAACAAGCACGCGCCCGUCUUGGCCGCGGCGAGCGGCGGGCGUGCGGCACAUGCGGACUACUUUAAUCGCUACCUCGCCGAUCCGAUGCGCACCGCGCCCACGGCGCACGGCGCGCCCGAGGUACGGGUGCGUGCGCCGCCGCCGCCCGAGCCGCCGAGCGAGCCGGUGGGCUACCGCGACCUGGACGCAGGGGGCGCGCAGGAGCCGCUCGAGUUGCAGUACUAG